AUGAAGACCAAAUUCUGUAACGGGAGCGAGGCGGAGCCGUCGCCGCUGGGGCUGUUGCUGAGCUGCGGCGGCGGCGGCAGCCCCGACCCCCGGACGCGACGCAAGGCCUAUCUGUGGUGCAAGGAGUUCCUGCCUGGCGCUUGGAGGGGCCUCCGCGAGGACCAGUUCCACAUCAGUGUCAUCAGAGGCGGCCUCAGCAACAUGCUGUUCCAGUGCUCCUUGCCCGACACCACGGAGGCCGUGGCCGACGAGCCCCGGAAGGUGCUGCUUCGCCUCUACGGCGCCAUCCUGCAGAUGAGGUCCUGUGACAAAGAGGGAUCCGAACACGCUCAGAAGGAAGAUGAAUUCCAGGGGGCCGAGGCCAUGGUUCUGGAGAGUGUGAUGUUUGCCAUUCUUGCCGAGAGGUCUCUGGGUCCGAAACUCUAUGGGAUCUUCCCCCAAGGCCGCCUGGAGCAGUUCAUUCCGAGCCGGCGGUUGGACACCGAAGAAUUAAGUUUACCAGAUAUCUCUGCAGACAUAGCUGAGAAAAUGGCCACAUUCCAUGGUAUGAAAAUGCCAUUCAAUAAGGAGCCAACGUGGCUUUUUGGAACAAUGGAAAAGUACCUCAACCAAGUGCUGAGGGUCCAGUUUACCGGGGAGCCCAGGCUGAAGCUGCACCAGCUCCUGAGUUACAACCUGCCUCUGGAGAUGGAGAAGCUGAGGUCGCUGCUGGAAGCCACUCUGUCUCCAGUUGUGUUUUGUCACAAUGACUGUCAGGAAGGGAACAUCUUACUGCUGGACGGCCCCGAGGACUCCGGGAAGCCCCGGCUGAUGCUCAUUGACUUUGAAUACAGCAGUUACAAUUACAGGGGCUUCGACAUCGGCAAUCACUUCUGUGAGUGGAUGUAUGACUACACCUAUGAACAGUACCCCUUUUUCAGAGCGGAUUCCCAGAAGUACCCCACCAAGGAGCAGCAGCUCCAUUUUAUUUCCCAUUACUUGGCUGCCUUCCAAGAUGAAUUUGCAAACCUCAGUGAUGAGGAGAAGUCCGCUACAGAGGAGGAAAUGUUGGUUGAAGUCAACAGAUUCUCCCUCGCAUCCCAUUUCUUCUGGGGACUCUGGUCCAUCGUCCAGGCCAAGAUUUCCUCCAUUGAAUUUGGGUACAUGGACUACGCCCAAGCGAGGUUCGAUGCCUAUUUUGACCAGAAGAGGAAGCUUGGGGUGUGA